CGUAGGAAUCACAAGCAGCGAACUCUUGCAAAUUCGGAUCUUCUUCCAGGAUCUCUUCUUGAGCUGCAGUCUCGAAUCGAUCGACGUCAACCUAAAAAGAUAAUGGAAUCCACGGUGUAAUAGGAAUUCUUGCAGAAAGAUAAGCUUGACUGUGAGCUUCAUGACUUAUAAUAACACAAAGAGAAACACAUCUUGUCUUUCGGAGAUCUAGAUAGUGGUUAUGUACAUGAUAAUGAAAAUAAAGGGGUAUGUCUAUCUCUAGAGCUGCGCAGUUGUAAGCAAAGUGCUUUCAUCCCAUGGUUUUCACGUCGAUCGAUUCUCUUAUUAUUCUCAGUAGAAUCGUAUCAUACUAUUUCCAAAGUAUUAAUAUUACUAAUAAUAUAUUCGUGAAAUAUAUUUUUAUGUACCAUGAAAAGAAAUUAAAAAUUUUAAAUUUGGAAUACUACUUAAGUACCGAUGCAAUAGAAGAAGUACGUAACCUUUAAUUGUAAAAAAGCGUACGUAUGCGAGGGAGUUCCUUAAUCGUUACACAAACUAUGGCUGUUUGGGAGCGAAUGCGAAAACAUUGUGGAUGGAGAAGAAGUGCUAAACAAAUAUCUCUUGAUGCUAUAAUACCGCUUUUUAUGAUACCUCUUUUGGCAGUAAUCGCCGCCCAAUCAGUUUUUUGUACCAUCCUAAUAUUUCUUUCUACACCACUUUUGAUUUAUUAUUUGCAUCAUAAUUUCUUGAGAUUUCUCUUAAGAACAAAAUUCUUUCUUAUGUGGACGAUCACGAGUGUGUUGAUGCUGAUGUUAGUUUUUGAAGUCAAUAUUGUGCCAUUACUUGAGAUUUUACCAGAAGAAAAUUUAUUCUUCAUAAUAUGCGUUGUUGGAGGCAUAUAUUGUGCCUCUAAGACAAAACUGAGUGCAGAUCAUGUUGGUCAGGAAGGUGUUAUAGAACAAAGUUUAGAGCUUGGAGAAGGAAGCGAAGAGCAAUGUGUAAUUUGUAGAAGAAAAACAUCACCGCAAGCUUAUCACUGCCGAGUGUGUCAAACAUGUAUACUUAACAGAGAGUAUCAUUCUAAAUGGUUGGACUGUUGCAUCGGUUCCAGUAACUUACGAUGGUAUAUAGCAUGCUUGUCAUUUUCAACAACAGCUUUUAUUUAUGGCUCUAAUCUGACUAUGACAAGCGUUUGCCAUCCUUUUAUUUUAAUUGGUACAAUGCUUUUACCGGAUGAUUGCAGUGAUGUUUAUCAUCAAUUAGACAUCGCUGUCUGCUUCAUCUCAGCACUCUACAGUCUAAUAGUUGGCAUAAUAAUAUUCUGUUAUUUAAUACGUCAUUUGUGGUUAAUUUAUCUUGAAAUAACAUUGGACGAACAUUAUUUAUAUAGAAAUCAAUAUGAUCACGAAACCUUAAAAAAUGUGUCUUGAUUAUUUUGUUGCAAAUUUUAGAUACGAAUAUAGAUAGUCUAGGAUAUUGUAUUUACUUUGUACAAAGUAUUACUAUUUUAUUUGUUGUCAAGAAAAUAAAAUGAUCAUAUCAAACUAUGAUCGUCAGGUCAGAUACUUGAAAUACAGCAGAUUUUUUUCAAUAUUAUUUAUUUAUUCGUGUUUCUUUUUUGUAUUUUUCGAUGUCUUUUUAUUAUGAUACUUUAGUAAGAUAAGUUUUCUCAUUGAAUAAUAUUAUAUUCGAUGUAUAUAUGUGUCAUAAAUCAUGUUAUAUACUUAUAGGAUUUACAUAUAUCAUGCUUGAUAAUGGUAUAUUGUAUUAUGAGUGUACCAGCCAUAAAUCAAAUAUCUGGUAUUAUGUCAGAACAUUACUAUGUUUAGUAUUUAUAUAUUUAUUGUAACUGUGAUAAAGAAAUUAUUAUGUGGUAAUUACUUAUUUCUUUUUUUAAACGAAAUAUAAAGUCAAAAGUAUGUAAUUUAUAUAAAACCUAUGAACUUUAUAUUGUAUAAAAGUGAUUAUUCUAUCUGCAAAACUAUCGUAUCAUUAACGUAUAGAAAACAGUAAACAUAUUGUUUAUGAUAAAAGAAUGUGAAAUACCACAUAUAAGAUAAUUCAUAAAUAUUAUUUUUAGUUUUUGAUUAGUUAAAUGAUUAUUUUAAUCCUCUAGUGCUACUCCUCUCUCCUUAGGAUCAAAAUCAGGAACUAUUUUUUGUACUAUUUCUCUCCACUUGUUCCUUUGUUUUUCACUUUCUUUAAUCAUUUCAGCUAUUGUAGGAUAAUCUCUCCAUUUGUUAAAGUACUUAUUCAUAAGUUUACUAUCAUAAUGUUCCUGUGCCAUUUGUACAUUUUUUAAAUAUUCUAAUUUUAGUUCAUUAACAAUUGAUCUUAGUGCAAGGAAACAUUUUUCUUGCAGUUUCAUAUCAUAGAAAUCUUUGGCAACUUGGUGUUUUGUACUUUGUUCUUUUACCAUAUUCGUCCAAUGUUUAAAUGUGUACCAUAAUAAAUUCCUAUCAUAUAAGGAAAUGGCAAGUUCAAGUUUAA